CGCCGAUCCUUCCGCUCCCACCCCUCCGGGCCGCGGGGCCUCGGCACGAUGGUUCCGCCGCACUCUUGGCCCUCCCGGGGGCAGCUCCCUCCCUCCCAGCUCCGAGCGGCCGCCCCGGGGCCCGCCCCCUCCGCAGCCGGGAGGAGCCAGCGCCGCAUCAGGGCACGCCGCGGCCCUGGGCCCGGCGGGGCGGGCAGUGAGCGGGCGGCCGCCGCCAUGAGGAGCCCCCGGGAGCCGGGGGAGCCCCCUCCGCAGGCAGUUGAAUGUGUGCAGCUGAAAGUGCCCAUCAUUCAGCAGCUGUACCACUGGGACUGUGGGCUGGCCUGCUCCAGGAUGGUGCUACAGUACCUGGAUCAUUUGGACAAUGAUGAAUUUCAGAAAGCCAUCCAAGAGCUCCGGUUAACAAAGAGUAUCUGGACUAUUGACCUGGCCUACCUAAUGCGGCACUUUGGUGUUAAGCAUAAAUUUUGCACCCAGACGCUUGGAGUGGACAAGGGCUAUAAAAAUCAGUCAUUUUACAGGAAGCACUUUGACACAGAAGAGAAUCGAGUGAAUCAGCUCUUUGCACAAGCCAAAGCCUCCAAGGUGCUGGUGGAGAAGUGCACAGUAACAGUUCAAGACAUCCAGAAACACCUGUCCCAAGGUCAUGUAGCCAUUGUCCUAGUGAAUGCGGUCUUAUUGCUGUGUGACCUUUGCUCAAGUCCUGUCAAAUACUGCUGCUUCCUACCCAUCGGACAGAAGUGCUUCUGCAGGAAUCCUGACUACCAGGGCCAUUUCAUUGUGUUAUGUGGCUACAACACAGCCUCAGGGAGUAUUUACUACAACAACCCUGCCUACGCUGACCGGACAUGCUGCACCAGCAUCAGAAACUUUGAAGAAGCCAGGAGAAGUUAUGGCACAGAUGAGGAUAUUCUGUUUAUCUACACAGACAGCUGACACCCACAGCUGUUACUUCUGGUCCUUUCUGGUGCAGCCUGCAUGGCAGCUGGCUGCUUGUCUCAGGACACCCCCUGCAGAGACCUUCCUCCUGAACUGCAGUGGGAUCUUAAACAAGGGAGGCUUUAUAGACAUUGAUAGGACUAUAUUGCAAUGCUGUAUUUACCUUUUUAUUCCAGAUGAAAUAUCUGAUUUUGCAAUGUAUGUCAUAGGUUUGUUUUUUUUUCCCCUCAUUUUUAACACUGCACAUUUGACAGCAGUUUUGAAACACAGGCCCAAAGCCUGUUCACUUGGAGCUUAUUUGCAAAUCAUACACAUGAGGAAAUAAAGCACCAAACUUAUGAACUUCAACACUUGGUAAUAGAUGCAUAGGUUUAGUUAAACAAAAGCAGAAAAAAAAAAAGGUCAAUACCUGUUGCACUCUCUUUCAAAGCAUCAGGGGCUGAUCUUCAUCCUCAGUCUAGGGAUCUGAGGUUCAGCAUGGAAUUAUGAAACAAAGAAAUACUGAUGUUAAACCACCUUACCUUCAAGUGAUAGAAUUGCCUUGUUGGCUAAUCAGUAUUAUAGGAGCGAAACAUUUACUCAAGGGAACUUCCCAUGUACAAAAUUCAACUUGCACAGCUUUAGCAUUUAUAAUACCAUUGGAUUGAAUUUUGAAUAGCAGUUACUGAGAUUGUCCCCUUGCACUGCAAACUCCAUCUCUUUUGGCUAAAUAUUUUCGGAUGACUGUCUAGAGCUCUGUAUUACCCCAAAAGUUUAAGUAAGGAUAUUUUAUUUGGACCUACGAGUCUUCACUGCACUUUGCAAAAUCCUCUAGACAUUAUGGCACCCAUAUGUGCAAUUUUCUGAUGCAUCCAAUCUAUAUAUACAUUUAUGAAGCAAAUACAGAAACCAUUCACACACUAAUUACACAUUUUGUGUGUAAAUUUUAAAUAACGAGAGACUGGAUUGUAACUAAAAUGCUGAAUCAUAUUUUGAGCCAAACUUUCCUAUUUAUGUUCAUUUAGUGAGCUUCUCAGAAGAGCUUAAAUCAAUUAAGAAUACAGGGAAUACAAGCUUCUUACUGCUAUACUAAGAAAAAACAAAACCAAAACUUAUACUACAGCUGCACUUGGAUUAAGUGGGAGUUCUGUUCAAACAUUUUCAAGUGAAAUUGUUAGUAGCCCAUUCAUAAUCCUGUCAUGUAUUACCAGGCUUCAGUGACUGCGCUGAGGAGCACUGUAAAAGAGUAGAAAUAGCCACCUACUUCAGAUUUGGCCAUCACAAUUUCUGACAGGUAGGUAAAAUUGUUAGUAUUCAUGUAUAGCUGGCAAAGUUUUGUUUUGCACUUAAGGCAGAGAUCUCACACCUUUGGCAUGGCUUUAGGAAAGGAACUGUUCAGGUUUUGGAACUGUGUGUAAUAACAAUAAAAGGCUGUUGUUAUUUAGUGGGGGAAAUACUUUCAGCAUGAGAAAAUUUCUAAGAGAAACCAUCUUCUACCAUUGCUUGCUUACUGUAAAGUAUCUGGAAAGCAUGCAGUAAGUAUGCAUAAUGAUAUCAAAAGCACUCCUUUGUACAGAAGCUAAGAAACAGCAAUGUAAGUGUAAAAUGCAGUAGGCUUUGAGAAGUUCUGAACAAAAUGUACACAAUAAGAAACUCAGUGUAUCUGAUCCUGUUUAUCAGGGGUGAAGCUGGAUUACAUUCUGGCAAAAUGUCCAUGCAAAAUGAAUAAAUACUGAGAUGUAUCUGUGAGCAGCAGAGCCACUACCUUAGUAGAAACCCAGAAAAGGAUCAGAGUACAAAUCCUACAGUAGAUAAUGCCUUCUGAUCCCUCCAGCAUUAGUCAGCAGAUGGCUACUGGUCUUGGAAAAUUUUAUAUCCAUGUUCAAAUUCACAAUGUUUGGCUUAGAGGGAUUGUAUUAACUAUGUUAAUAAUUAACAGCUAUGUAAAUUACAGGUUGAUAAAAGUACUUACUUUCUUAACCCAGGCAUUUUCCUUCAGGUAGUCCAUUCAAUAGCAUUGAACUGCCACAGAAUUUAUUUUUUUAGAGCAGGCUUGGUUAGCAAAAAAGUAAAAAAUCUUACAAAAGGUGUAACUGACAUUAGCUUCCACAUGUGAAUCUCAAGCUUAUAUAUGAAACAUGAACAUAAGGGCAUGCUAAGUGGUCUGAAAUGUACAGAAUUGAAAAUACGUAGAACCAAAGCUGUUGAAGUGAAUACAGAUGAAAUGAGAGCUCCGCUCACUGCAACAGGAUCUCUAAUAGCCAAAUGGAAUAUGGUCAUGGGGGGUGAAAAUGCAAGGAAGAAGCAGAAGGAAGGCAAAAAGGUGACUAUUUAAAUGACACAAAUUCAGGUCAAAAAGAAACUCGCUGGCCAAGCGUCCAGAACACCUGCAUUUUCUGGCACAUUGUUUUCCAUAGGAAGAUCAUCCAUCAAAACACUCAUUCUGAAAAUGUGUGGUCAGUCACUUUGUUUCCUUCAUGCUGUCCAUAGCAAAGGAGGGGGUAUUUUACAUGCAGGGAUUUUAUACAUAAAUAUAUUUUUAUUUGUAAUUAAGCCAUUCUCAAUAAAGGUUUAAAGUCAUGGAUAACCCUGUA